ACGAGCUUCCCCCUCCUAGUUACGCAGACUAUCUUCUCUUCUACUCACUCAACUCUGGCCUUUCACCUUCACGAGCCAUAGUAACGUCUUCUACCUCAUCCUUGUCGCCGGGUGAAGAUUAUCCCCGGAGUAAUUGCAUCACCCGGUUCCCCUCCCACUGUUUGCCUGCGCCUCUACUUUAGUGUCCGCGCGGCACGAUCGGGUUGCCCCGUUCACCUCGCCCUCGGUUUUUCGACACCCACUGCAUAAACAAUCGCAUUGCAUUUCGCACUCUCGCCGACGGCCUCUUCGCCUUCCUCCUGCUAUCAGUCUCGGAAUACAGUUCCUGACGCCUCGAAUACAUACUCCGAUCUCCCUGCGAUUGAACCACUAGCCUCGACUGCAUUCCCUGGCGGUUCGGCUGCCUAGCGUAAGGGAAGCAGCGCCUUUCAUCAUCAGGCACCACUUCUCCGUCACCCACCCUUCCCAGCACCAUGAGAGUCGCACGGCCGUCCUUCAACCCCGGACGGACGAAAAACAUCAUCCACGGCUUUCAGGGAUUCAUCAUAUUCCUAGCCUGGGCCCUGACUAUCGCCGUGUUUACCAAGGGCCACGGCAUUGAUGGCAGAUCGGCCUGGUACUGGGCCUUGUGCUGGUUCAGCAUCCCCGGCCUGAUCUACCUCGUGGCGGUGCCCAUGUGGCCGCGCGCCCGCCGCUUCGGCAACGUCUACGCCUUCGCGACCGUGGACUGUCUGUACGCCAUUUUAUGGUUCAGUGCGUGGAUCUGUGUCGCUAGCUACGUGGCGCAGGGGAAGAGCAUCGGGAAGAGCGACAGUGACAGCAAGAAGGGCUGCGACAACUGGGCGUACGGCAGCGCCAGCAAAUGCAAGAUCAGCACCGCCACCGUGAUCCUGGGCGUUAUUGUCUUCCUCCUCUUCGUGGGAACCGCCUUCAUGUCCUUCCGCAACGUCGUGCACUUCCGCCGCACCGGCACCCUGCCCGACGCCGUCUCCGACCCGACCUUCGCCGCCCACACCAAGGCCGCGUUCUCCUCGAACCCGGCGCACGACUUCGAGGAGGAAGAGGACGACUUCCGGUCGCGCGCGGGCAUGGGCUCGUCGGUGCGCGGCGACCGCGACGAGGACUACGCCCUGCUGCACCAGAGCGAGGCCGACGACUUCGGCAGCACCACGCACGGCCGCUCGGCCGCCUCGGGCGCCUACGACCCGACGGUGUCGACGGGCAGCGUGCUGCACGACUAUAGCACCAGCUACGGCGGUGCGCAUGGCCAACACUACGGUGCACCGUCGGAGUAUGAGCCGAGCCACAGCGGCUACGGGCGCUGAAGGAGCCGAGCAGCAAGAAAUACGAGUGACCCUUUCUUCGAAUUGGCAACGCAAGAAAAAGAAAACAACCAUAGGGCGGUGUUGCGGGCGCAAUCUUUCUCUGACCUUUUGUAUCUGGCUUGUAACCUGACGACUCAUGUAUGCUGUGAUUAGCGGAGGCGUGCCACCGCCGGCCACCGCGCCCGCUGACGACUUAUUGGAUGACGAAUGUAUUUUGGAAGCUUCUACAUAGAUCAACUCACAUACUACUUGUUUAUC